AUGCAGCUUCCUCACUACAUCAUGCAGCUUCCUCUCUUCAACAAAGUGAUUCCUCUCUUCUUCAAAGUGCUUCCUCUCUUCAACAAAGUGCUUCCUCUCUUCAUCAUGCAGCUUCCUCUCUUCAUCAAGAUGCUUCCUCUCUUCUUCAAAGUGCUUCCUCUCUUGAUCAAGGUGCUUCCUCACUACAUCAAGAUGCUUCCUCUCUUCUUCAAAGUGCUUCCUCUCUUCAACAAAGUGCUUCCUCUCUUCAUCAUGCAGCUUCCUCUCUUCUUCAAAGUGCUUCCUCUCUUCAACAAAGUGCUUCCUCUCUUCAUCAUGCAGCUUCCUCACUACAUCAUGCAGCUUCCUCUCUAA